UGAUGGCGACUGUGUUGCUGUGGAGCUGGGGAGUUUAGUGCGGGCCCGGCCUUCGGGGGGACUCGCUUCUCGGACAGUCGUUGUUACUGCGAGUUUCCUCCUCCUCGCUGCAUCCCCUGGUGAUGUACGGAGGGGUCGGAGGUUCUCGACGGACUGCAGAAGAAGCAGGCCCGCCGCCCCUAAUGUUGUUGUCAGGCGGGGGAGCGGUCCCCGGGCCCCCCGGAGGAGGUGGAGGAGGAGGUGGAGGUGGGAGUAGCCGUGUGGAGCUGCUGGUGUUCGGCUAUGCCUGCAAGCUGUUUCGAGAUGAUGAGAAGGCUCAGUACCAGGAGCAGGGGCGACACCUUAUUCCUUGGAUGGGAGACCCCAAGAUCAUGAUCGAUAGGUACGAUGGACGUGGUCACCUACAUGACCUUUCUGAAUAUGAUGCUGAAUAUUCCACAUGGAACAGAGAUUAUCAAUUGUCUGAAGAGGAAGCUAGAAUAGAAGCCCUCUGUGAUGAAGAGAGGUAUUUAGCCUUGCAUACGGACUUGCUUGAGGAGGAGGCGAGGCAAGAGGAGGAAUAUAAAAGACUGAGUGAAGCUUUGGCAGAGGAUGGUACCUAUAAUGCAGUGGGCUUCCGUUAUGGCAGUGAUUAUUAUGACCCUUCAGAACCCACUGAGGAGGAGGAACAUCAGCCUGCAAAACAAAGAGACACGGCUCAGACAGAAAACGUUGAAGAAAAUGAAGAACCUUUUGUUGCCCCUCCGGGACUGAACGUACCUUCUGAUGUGGAACUG